AUGUCUCCAGAUGACGAGGCAGAAAUUCAGCAGCCAGCAGUGGCGGACGCUCCUGAAGACGGACAAUUGGCGCCGUCGCCGUGUCACCCCAUCAAUGGUCAUUUCAGGAGUAGCAAGGACGAUCGCCAUGCUCGGCAGAAACUUGCAGAGCUGACGAAACGUGCCAAGGAGCUGAGAACUGCACUGGCAAAGAAGCCUCAGUUAGAGCAGGAGCACGCCAGUCUUGCCAAGGAAAUCGAAACCGAGCGAAUGCUGGUACGAGAACGUGAGCGCUCCCUGGCCAUGGAGCUGUCCACAAUCGAUCACGAACUAGCAGAGUCGAGAAGCCGGCUUGCUCGCUUGCAAGGCAAAGAAGCAGCGCUUCUUCAGCAAGUUUCUGCACCGUUGGCAUUGGAAACCCAGUGGGCAAAGGAAGCUGCUGAAUCCUGCGGGAUUUACGAACUUGUGGUGAUGACUCUCGUCUCACCUCGAGCGGAUCUGCUAGCUCCCAGUGCAACGGAAGCAGUUGAUUUGCUUCCACCCGGAAAGCGGGUCAAUGUCACAGAGUCGUUGCACUUGCCAGAUGGAGUCAUUCGGGCACGCAUCUCAGAGCCAAGCGGCUGGAUUUACUUGCUUGACCAGGCUGGCACUCGCUGUGCCGUUUGCAAAGAAGUGGAUGGCGUCAGCGAGCAAGACAUUUCCACAAGCUGCCUCGUCGACAAUGGCAUUACGUCACGGAGCGCAGCUCUGCGUGGAUGGACUGCCAGGGUAGACGUGCAGAAGAGCAUCUUUGCCGAGAGCCUACAUGAGUGCUUCAGGAAGGCUGCAAUGGCUGAUGCAAGCACAGUUGGCCCUUAUAUGUUGCAGCCUUUGACGGUGACGCCUUUAGCAAGGCAUCUGAGCACUGAAGCCAUCAGCCGUACCACUUCCUCCAAGGCCGCCGAGGCCAACAGUGACUUGGCACGACUCGAUGCCGAACGUGCAGCCAUGGAGAUGGCAGAUGCAGAAUCAGCCGUGACGUCAUUGUUCCACAAGCUUCGUGCUGCCGCUUCCAGAAACAAGGUGCUGGAGGUCGUAAUCUCACGACUGCACAGCUUCUUGCAUAAGGCGAAGAGCGCCGCUGAAGGGGGCCGUCCGACUUUUGGACUGAUGGAACACUGGGAAGCGCAUGAGCUGAGCACAGGCAUCCGGCUCGAAGACCCAGAAGCAGGUUGCACCGUGCACGAGCUGAGGUGGGAAAAUCUACCUCCGCCUGCUGCUGCUGCAAGCCUGUCAGAAGAAGUUGACGACUGCGAGGGGGAAGCUAAAGAAGCUCAAGUUCGGAUUGAUACGAUGCUCCGAUCGGUCACGGAGCUUCAGCGACAGCGUGGCGAACGCAUGCAAGAGAUCAGCGACCUUCGUCAAAAGCUUUUUGUCCUCCGUUCUGCUUCCAGCGUCACAAUGUCAGGGCGCCAGCUGAAAGCGGUGCAGAGUCGGCUUCGAAGGAUCCAGGACAUCGUCGCAAAGAUGGCCAACGGAGCCCUUGAGGAGAUUCAGAACGUGGAAGCUUGGGUACGACUUGUUGAGGACACUCGAGCUGAAGUGGCUGCAGGCUUGAUGGCAGAGGACUCUACGAAGAGGUCGACGGAACAGGAGGUGCAUGCUGUGUUGCAAGAUCUUCAAAGCCAGUUCCGUCCAGGUCAGGCAGAGGACGGCGGUUUGACUUUGCCGGGUGCGCAGUCCGCAUGGUGGCUGGCGGCCAACAUCGCUGCACUUUCGGCUUACGCGCAGGUUGAAGCUGCCGAGCUUGGACCCGCAACGGAGGUGGACAAAAGGAGAGAGUUCUAUGCCCUUGCUGACAGCCGAUUCGCGAAGGAGAUGAGGCAUUAUGAUGACUGGUGA